AAUCUAGCAUCUUUUUAAAGAAAGGUAACAACACUACAGGCUAAUACUUCUACAAUAAGCUAACUGGUGGGAAAGCGAACAGAAAAUCUAGUUGAGCCGCUAAGAGUCUGCGUGGGUCAAAGAUCAAAAUCACAAAGAUCCGAGAGGCAGCCGCUGCUUUCACUACUCACUAUAUAAAACACGAUAAAACACAAACCGGAGACGAGGCAACCAUGUCUGACAGAAAGGCAGUGAUUAAAAAUGCAGACAUGUCGGAGGACAUGCAGCAGGACGCCGUGGAGUGUGCCACACAGGCCUUGGAGAAGUACAACAUUGAGAAAGACAUUGCGGCAUAUAUCAAAAAGGAGUUUGACAAGAAAUACAACCCGACUUGGCACUGCAUUGUCGGGAGGAACUUUGGCAGCUACGUGAGUCACGAAACCCAGCAUUUCAUUUACUUCUACCUGGGUCAGGUGGCCAUUCUGCUGUUCAAGUCUGGCUGAGGGGGGCGGGGGGCGUGAUUUCUCCCCAUCACCACCAGACGAUACAUAACGAACUGACUGACUCGACAAAGGCACUUACCAUUCCUUGGCGUGGGGCUGCUGCCAUUUCAAGGGAAAAAAGAAGAACAUGGCCAUGUUGGAUGAGACCAAAAUCCCAGAACCAUGGCAGAGGGUGGACCCCAUCAAAACCCUUCAAUCAGCAGUGGAGACCAGCGGAGGAGCUGUUUUUUUACCGGACGGGAAAAAAAUAGAAUUCAACUCAAAACAUCGUCAGAAAAUGAAAAGAAAGCGUGAUCGGCAAUUCUCAACAAAUUUCUCCACCGACUUUGGAACCCAAGCGUUUCUUUCAAAUUGAACUCUUUCCUACUCCUGCAGGAUAAGAAGACCUUAAGUAUUGUUUUUGGAUAGGAAGUUGUUUUCACAAAUUACAGUAUGUCCUUAUGGGGAUUCAUUUAAAUUUGUCUGUAUAAUUCAGUAAAGCCAUUGUAGUGUGAGAAAGUAUAAAAUGUGUUUGAUACCUGAGAAAUGGCUGCGUGAAAGCAAAAUUAGGGUCAAGUUAAGUAGCUUGCACAGAUUAUAUGGGUUUAUUUUAAUGCUUAUACAAAGCAUUGCAGAGACAAACUUGUAAACAAUUUGACAUUCCCUUGUAUGUCAUGUCGUGUUCUUGAAAAUGGCUGUUCUAAAUAAAAUGAAAAUUGUUCAACAUC